AUGUCACCGCCUACUGUAGUGCUCGUCACGUGCAUGCUUCUUAGCUUCACCACGUGGUGCGCAACAGCGGAAGUAACCUCUUCAUGCGUUGCGAACACCCCAGCGGUUCUGACGGCUGUCGUGUCCGAAGUCAAGAAAGUGGCGGCUGUAGCGGCGUUCGACGCCAACAGCGACGGCCUGGUCGACGUGUUUGCCAUGGACAAGGAGCAUCACUCCCUCCAAGCCUUUGCCAACAAUGGCUUGCUCGCCCUCCUCGAACCAGUCGUGGUCGACGGCGCGUACUCGCGCUCGUACGCAACCGAGCUGCUGCCGGCAGACGUUGACGGAGACGGGCGGACUGACUUGGUUGUCCUGGCCAGAAUCAAUCGCCCCGCAAAGGAAGACUUUGACUCGGCCUUCUGGUACCGCAACCUGGCAGAGGGAUCUGGUGGGCCCAUUGCCUUCUCGGAGCGCAAUGUCAUCGCGCACAGCUUUUUGGGUGGGGCAGCGCUGGCCGUCGGUGAUCUCGACGGCGACAGCCAUGUUGACGCUGUGGUUGCCAUCAGCAGUACUGGCGAGAUCUGGCUUUACCCCAAUUCAUUUGGCAACGGCACCUUUGGGCUCGGCCGCGUUGUCAUCUGGAAGGAAAAUUUGAAGGGCAUUGCUGACAUUGAGCUUGUCGACAUCGGCAGCGAUGGCAUGCUCGACGUGGUAGCGGCAGUCCAAUUGGACAACUCGUACGAGCUUAACUGGCACCGCAACGAUGGAGCCGGUGUCUUUAACCCACUGGUUACGCGUUCCUCGGUGGAAGCCAAGACCUUUGUGCAAGGCGAGGUCAACAACGACGGGUAUCCAGACUUGGUGAUCGGGACAGGCACCGAGUUGUAUGUUCUCACCGGAAACUCGAACGGUUUCAACCCCAUGUCUGGCGCACGCAACUUUGCCUACGCGGCCGACGGUGUGUUUGUCGGUGACUUUGAUGGUGAUGGAUGGGCCGAUGUAGGUGCGUUUGGCACGACGAAGUACUCUGUGUGGCCGAACAAUGGCGCCGGCGACUUUGCCACAAGCUCGGAGCACACCACGCCUGUGUAUGCUGCUGCCGUCGCCGACAUGGACAACGAUGGAAGCCAAGAUCUCGUUCUAGGAUACAAGCAUCCCGAGUCUGUCAAGGUCUUGGUGCAGUAUAGCGCGGCUGAGAUGUCGGUGCCAUCGACAACGUACGACUUUGUGGCGCACGGCUAUGGAGACGUCGACGGUGACGGGGAUGUUGACGCGGUGGCCGCAACUUCCCAAGCACUGUAUUGGGUGCCAGCGGAGCGGUCCGAUGCAACGGCGCAUGGCGUGCCAAUCGCUCUGCCCACCUGGCAGUUUGGCGAUAGCGCGCAAGACCUGGCGGUCGUCGAUCUCGACGGCGACUCGGAUCCAGACCUUGUGGUCUCCCGAGACGGACAGCCUCCUGUUUGGCUCGAGAACCUUGGCGGCUUGGGAAACUUCGGUGCUGGCACUGUCCUUGCAGGCGCGCUGCGCAGUGUGGGUGACGUUGUCGUUGCCGAUGUCGAUGGCAACGGGCUGGUCGACAUUGUUGUUCGCGAGCUCGGCUCUGGCUCUGCCCUUCAGUGGUUUUCGCAAACGAGCAGCGGCACGUUUGCAGGUGCGGCGAUCCUUGCCGCCGCGUCACCGCGCGCGUCUAUUCUCACCUUUACCGUUGCCGAUCUCGAUGGUGCUGGUUUGGUCGAUGUGGUGUUUUUGGAGGAUGAUGGAUUGACCGUCAAUGUAACGUAUGUCUCGGCUGAUGGAGGCGGAGGCUUCAGUGCGCCCACUGUGCUCAAGACGAGCUUCGGCUCGCCGUGUCGCUCCCUUCAGGUUGGCGAUGUCAACGCCGACGGGCUUGCCGAUGUGGUUGUCGGUUGUGGGGUUCAUAUUCACCUGCUUUACGGCGAGGGUAGUGGCGUGUUUGAUCCAGGCUCUCCGAUAGUUCUUGAUAGCAGCGUUGACGACAUCUUGCUGCGUGGGCGGCCAGAUGGACAUGGUAUGGACCUUGUUGUAUAUGACGUCUUUGGCCUUGUGAGAACGGGAGUGCUCCGUCGCGAGCGCACGUGGGGGAUGAACCAACUCCCGCUUUUUGCGUCGUUGUACGCGUUUGAGUCCCCAGUGGUGGUCGACAUGGACGGCGAUGGCGUCCUUGAUGUUGCUGCACUUACCACCACUGUGACGAUGGUGUGGGCGAACGGUCUCUCAUCCCCGCGCUCUGCCAGCUUUAUUGACAGCAUCGUUGGCAGUGACGGUUCUGCCGACGGGCUUGCCGUCUGCGACGUUUCUGGCAACGGCUUUGUCGAUGUGGUCACCCGCAACGCUGAAGGCAAAGUGCUUAUUUUUGCUGGAAGCAGCUCUGGUGUGGCGAGCUCUGCAGACACCAACCCGUCUCUUGUGGGGCAAAGCAAGGGCCCAGUUCUCUGUGGUGACAUUGAUGGCGACGGCUCGGCAGACGUGAUCUCUGGUGGUGCUGUGUUCUACAAUACCGACGGCACCGGCCCCAAGGCGGCAAACAUGGUGAGCGAUGAGAUCGUGUACACUGAUGCUGCCCUGGGCGACGUCGACGAGGACGGAAGACUUGAUGCUGUGUUUGCUGACGCCGACGGAUUGUGGUGGGCGCCAGCACUCGUCGAAGAUAGGAGCGAGUGGUCCAUUCAGACGACUGCCAUUGGGUGCGCGUCGAUAUCGGUGUCGGAUGUCGUGCUUGGCGAGAUCGACGGUGACGGCCACGUUGACGCCGUGGCUGUGUGUGGCACCGACGUGACGUGGUUUUCAAAUGUCGAUGGAACCGGCACGUUUUCGUCGCGCCCGACGCUUGGUGCCGAAAUGACGGGCAGCGGUGGGCUUGUCGACAUCGGCGACUUUGACGCCAAUGGCGCAAUGGACGUGGUCGCCGUCGACACCGACAGCGGCACUGUUUCGUGGAUGCGCAACUUGGGAGGCGGUGUUUUUGACGCGCCGGUCAUCAUUUCGUUGAACGGCCAAGGGGCAACCGGUUUGGCGGUGGGCGACAUAGACAGCGAUGGCGCCUUGUCGAUCGUUGUGGUCGGUGGUCGUGGCGUCAGUGUUCCCCGCCGCGCGGUGGCAUUUGUGCUAGUUGGCGAUGGCGCUGGUCACUUUGUCGAGCACAUGAUUCCUACCGACAAUGCCGCGCUUACCUCUGUGGUGCUAUCCGACAUGAAUCGCGACGGGCGGCUGGACAUGGUGGUCGGAGUCGACGACUGGAAGUCCUUUCAGGUUUACACCCGCGAGGCGCACGGGCCAUUCUCGAGGCACGUACCGCGCCAGCUGGUAGUGGACCCAAGCGGUGAUACUGAAUGCGGUGUCAGCGCUGGUCGAGUCGGCUUUGACUGCGUGUGGCGGCGCGUGAUGCAAACCUCGCAGUGUGCCCGCGACGAGGUUGUCCUGCCCGCGGGGAUUACGGAUCUGGAGCUGAGCUCGAUGACAAUUGCCAACCUGGGCGUGGCGCGCAAGGCUAACCGUGGCACGCCUGGCCUCCGAGUUCAGAGCAGCGACGAUAGCGCCCCGAGAGGGGCACUUGUGCUUGACCGAGUUCGAGUUGUAGGUGGACGUGCCGACGACUCGGUCUCGCCGUUUCUGGUGGGUCUCGGCAUCGGCGGCGCCGUGGCGGUCGAUGUUGCCGGAACGCUUGACGUUCGCAACUCGAUCUUGACCGAUUGCUCGGCGCAAAGCUACGGUGGUGCUAUUUCGGGUCGUGGCAGCGGCGUGGUCAUCACCAUUGUCGACUCGGUCAUCGAGCAGUCGACCGCUGGCAUUCGCGGCGGAGGGUUGUUUGUGGCGACCGGAGCGCAGUUAGCCGUCACGCGGAGCAACGUGACCGCCAACGUCGCCGGCACCGGAGCUGGCGGUGGGCUCGCUGUCGAGUUUGGCGCGGAUGCAUACCUCCUUAAUGCUCGACUGGCGGGCAACGUCGCGGCAGCGGGCAUCGGUGGCGGCGGUGUUGUUCGGCCUGGGUCAGCACUGACGCUGGAGCGCAGCUCAGUGUCAGGCAACCUGGCCUUGGCUGGCGGCGGGUUGGCGGUGGCGGCAAUCGCGACCGAGGCUGCGAUGGUGGUGAACGCGGUGACCGAGCUUCCACGAGGCACUGUGCUCGAUGCUCCGGCGGCCAACACGCUGGAUAUCCGCGACACGGCGUUUUCCAGCAACCAUGCGGCGACGUACGGUGGCGGGCUGCUUGUGUGCGGCGCGCAGGUUGCUGUGGACGGGCCGACGGUGACAAUGAGCAACAAUGUGGCCGGGCGAGGCGGCGCGCUGGAGUCGUCCGCCGACGUGAUGAGUUGCGCGCCUGAGAGCGGAAAUAACGCUUGGCUGGUGGUCACCGGUGGCAGCGCGCAAUUUCCAGAGGCGUCUGCGCCACUCGGAUCGCAGCUGGAUGGCACGUUUCGAGUUCUGGACCUUCUCUCCCGUGCAGCAGUCUCGUACGCAAACACCGAGUUUCAAGUUGCGGUGACGUCGGGCGCGAGCUCGCUUGUGGUUGACGGCCCGCAAACGAUGCGUGGUGAGAGCGGUGAGGUGGCACUGCCCGGGGCAAUCCUGUAUGCAGAUGCGGAGAGCGUCGAUGAGGCGGCACUGCCGCGUGUAGAGUUGGUGGUGACAAGCGCUAAUGCGGAGCUGGGCUUCCUGGCGGCGCCGAUUCAGCUGACUGCGUGCGGGCCGCAGGCCGGCGGCAUCGAGCUUGUACUUGAUUCUGGGGCGCGAGUUGUCGGGUGUGUUGACUGCGGGGCUGGGGUCUCGGGCGAGACAUCGCUGGCAGGGUGCGUAACGGCAGCGACGUGCCUGGCCAACUCUGUGGAGAAUGGCGGCGUGAACGGAACGCAGCGGUGCGUGUGUGAGGGCGGGUUCUACGCCGUCGGCGCGGAUCCGAAUCAGUAUGCCGUAGAGUGUGCUGCGUGCCCGGUCGGAGCAAUAUGUCGCAAGGGGCGCGAUCCGCCUCUGGCCGCAGAGGGCUUCUACGGCGAGAGCAACACGUCGUUUGUGCGGUGCCGGCGGCCGGGUGCGUGUCUGGGUGGGCACGGUUCGGCGUGUGCACCAGGGUACUCGGGCUACAUGUGCAACGACUGUAAGGACGGAUGGUACUCAAACACGGCGCGCGAGUGCGCCAAAUGCCCCGCAGCUGCGGUGGGCGCGCUUGUUGGCGGCGGACUAAUCCUUGUGGUUGUGGCCGGAAGUGCGGCGGUGUUUGUGGCGAUUGCCGUGGCGCGGUCGCACGACUUUGCGGCCGAUACUGGCAAGGCAGUGUCUGGGGCGCUGCUGCGGCGACGACUGUUUCCGGCAUCGAUCUCGAUGGUGGUGGUUGCGAUCCAAGUGAUCGGGCUGGUGAGCGAGGCCGAGUUUGGGUGGGGUGAGUCGACACAGCGGCUCCUCCUCACGCUCAACAUCUUCAACAUCGACCUGAACCUCUUUGCGUCUGAAUGCACGCUCGCGUCGUUUCACGCAAAGUAUGCAUUUUCUGUGGCAGCGCCAGUGGUGUUGCUCGCUGCGUCGAUGUGUGCGCUGGUCAUUGCGCGCAAAACAAUGAUGAAGGCGCGGCUGGAAAGGGUUCGCACAAGGGCGCUCUUUGAUGCGGUGCUCUUUACGCUCGCGCCAGUGCUGUACAUUCCGAUGGCGCGGGCGGCGCUAGUCAUCUUUGACUGCGUCUCGCUGCCGAACGGACAGUUUGUGCUCGACUCGGACCCGAGCGUGCGGUGCCUAGACGCGUCGUGGUGGACCGUGGCGCCGCUCGGGGCGCUUGCGGUAGUGGCUUACGUCAUCGGCCUGCCGGCAUACUCGCUCUCGUGCAUUGCGAGCCACCGCGAGGCGCUGCUGGAGCCUGCAGUCUUUGCGCGGUUCGGCUCGCUCUACCUCCGCUACCGGCUGCCGUACUACUGGGGAGGGGUGGCUGAGCUCGGCAAGCGGCUGGCGCUCGUGGUGGUGGCCGUUUUCGCAAGCGACCAUGUGUUUGUGCUCAUUGUUCUCCUCUUUGGCAUUCUCAUCGGCUCGUCGGGCUUUGUCAUCCGCAAGCAACCGUACUACUUUCCGCUGUACAACAAGCUCGACGCGCGGCUCACCGCCGUCCUCCUCUUCCUGGUCCUCGUUGGGACCGGAAGCUACGCCGAGCGCGGGGCCGGUGCCGUAUCGGACGCAGCGUUUCUUGUCCUGGUCAUUGCCGCGCUCGUCGCACUCGUCGUAAUCGGCGGGCACGCCAUCAUCUCGGACGUCGUCUCGAUCCUCCGUUCCCGCCGCAGGCUCGGGGCGGACGAGACCGGUACUGCGCGGCAGCGCGCGCUUGCAGCACACAUCCAGCGUGAGGCCGUCGACCUCGAGCCGCAGCUCGCCCGCGAGCUCGUCGCCAUCGCCGAGCGGCUGGAGCAACAAGAUUGGGAGGAGGGAGGAGCCGUCGAUGUCGAGAUGGCGUCGCUUGUGCUCGAAUGA